AUGGUGAAUGGAGUGCACAAGAAUACACCUCACCAGUAUCAACCUGUUGAGGGCCUACUCGACAUCAUCGCUGAAAAGUCAGAGAUCAUACGCAUCCUACGAAACAACAAGGCCAACUUGACGAGGAAGCUGGCAACAAAGGCAACAGCGACUGACGACCUGAAGAAGCUGGUGAUGGCGGCUGCGCAUAGCGGGGUGGAUCGUGUCGAUGCGUUAAUGCGUGUCGGGCUCAAGAAUGGAAUGUCAGCACGGGCGAUGCUCGGACUGGUGGGCAAGGCAGCGACGAACCUCUAUAAGCCGAAAGGUUUUACAGCUGAGGAGCUGGCACGCAGCGUCCUCCUCCUGAAGGUUGCAGGACCGCGUGCAGUGGAGAUCCUCCAGCGUUCGACUGGUGCACCAUCCUUGUCCACCACUCGCCGUGUUGCUCUCUCUUGUCCUUUCCAGGUGUCCGCGGGAGUUCCGACAAAGGAAGAAAUCUGCGAGAACGUCAGCAACACCCUCGGACAUGGGAAACGAUGGGCUCUCACCGAGGAACUGAAGGGCUCUGCACCGGAUCCCUUCGCUGAUGUCAGCGGAUAUGUUCUUAUGUUUGACGAGAUCAAGACGGAGGGGAGGUUGCGGUGGGAUGACCGGACAAACAAAAUUGUCGGGGUGGCAAGAGAAGAUGCUGCGAAGGUUAGCUUGGAAUUCAGUGCAAUGGAGGAGUUAGACAGGAUCUGCGACGCCGUGAUCAAGGGUGAUGUACGCUUAGCCACAGAGGCAACCGUGGCAGCAAUCGGUCUUCUCACCGGUAAUUCACGCACCUAUGGUGCCUACCCUGUUAUGGUCUCCGGAACGUGCAAGACAGAACCUGCUGAGCCGCACGCCAAAUUAAUUCAGACGGUGAUUGAUGCUUGCCACUCGGCCACGGAACCUACUCCUGGUCGACUGUAUUGCCUCGCAUCUGAUGGGGAGGCAAGGCGAGGUGCGGCACUGGCGAAGCUAACCCAGAAACGCCCCUUAUCCCCAUCGUCGCGUAUCCAUAAAUACCUCGAAACUCUCCGACUGCUUGAUCUUCUGAUUGGGGAUGACGACGUCACCUGCGACAAAGAUUACAAGCAUAUAUUCAAGCGUCUUCGUAAUCUCCUUUUACGUGCCAUGGGGAUCAUGGUUUUCGGGACUCACAUCACAACAGAGGUUCUGGGCUGGCAUCUCAGGUCCGAGGGGGUGUCUCCAAAUAAAGUGAAGAACCUACUCAACCCGAAUGACAAGCAGGAUGUAGUUCUCGCGUAUAACCUCCUUAAGGCCAUUUGGGAGCUUCCAGAGGCUCGGGAAGGUGCUCACCCUGCAUUCGCGGCAACACGGAGGCAUAUUCGUGUGCUUGGCAGGCUCUUCUACCACUUGGUUUCCCCUUACCUUGCGAUCGAUUUCUCCUUACGUGAUCAGCUGUACCACCUCAGCGCAGCCGCACACCUCCUUACAUGUCUAUACUUGCAUCCUUCUGGUGGUAACAAGUUCUGCCCUCGCGUUCUAUAUGCCGACAUCCAAAUCAUGAUCAAGAACGUCUAUUUUUGCAUCGCCAAAGCAAAGUGUGACCGUUUGUCCGGAAAUUUCUACAUAAUUCACCUCGGCACCGAUCGCCUGGAGACUUCGUUCGGCCUCUGCCGCUCCAUGAUCGGGAAUGACAGCAACGUUGAUCUUGUGCAGUUCGGCCAUCGCGUCGCCAACAUCAUGGAGGCCAAUCACAUCUAUAGAGCAUACCCUGAUUGGGAUCAUACCCCCCGCCGUCUCACGCUGCCACCCUUACAGGACAAAACCGAGCUAUCUGCCAAGGCUGACCAUGUCAAUCCUGCCUCCUGGCGGGGUGACGUUAAUGUCGGUAACGUCUCACUCGCAACUCCAUGG